GCAUUAACGACAGUGACUACAGACUAUAGUAACAUAAGUGUAUACUUGCGACUGUAUAGAUAACAUAUGUGAUAACAAAUAAAGUUAUUAUUUUGGUGACCACUUUUAAUUAAUAACUUGAUGUAUAUAUCAAUACAGUGAUUAAAGUUGAAUGAAUAUCCAUUGAGAAAAGUAGAUAUUGAAAGUUUAAAAAUGGUCACACUACAGGAUAUUAGUGUACAACUUAUGAAACCAGCAAAAGAUCUUGCUGAUUGGAAAUUUCCAUUGUCUCAGAUCUUAGAAGAAUAUUAUACAUUAUUAGAACCAUGUAACAUUAAUUUUGGAGAAGCAGCACUUGUUUUGCAGAAUUCAACAAAUGUAUAUGUACGCAGAAUUGAACGUCUAUUUAAUGAAACAGAAGUUUUGAGACAAACAUUUUUUGGCUAUGAGGAAGAAGAAACAAAGAUGACUAUGUCCCGGGCGAAGAAAGGCUUAAAAAAGGGUUGCCUUAAUUUUGAUAAUUUUGUAAUUAUUGAUUUGGAGGAAGGUAUUGGAAGAAACAUUGAUAAGAAAAAUCAGUUUCAAGGACAGACAAAGAUAAAGUUAUUAAGUCACAGAUUUACUCAAUUAGAAAACAACACAAUGCAAUUAUGUAUUCCUAUUCAGGUAUAUGAUGUCUUAGGAGAAGUUAUUGGAAAGAAAUAUGACUUUCGGUGCAAUCAAGCUGUAAGUACAACUGGAAUGUUGGUAGACGAAUUGACGUUACACGACUUUACUCAUAUAGUUAGUUCUCAUGUUCAAAAAGGAAGGAAUUCUUUAUCGUCGUAUUCUGAACCAAAAACUCCUGGUACUGGAACAUCGGGAUAUCAUUCGGCCGCUUCGCCGAAUCACUCCCUCGCAUCUAUUCAUGAAGACUGUGAAAAUGAACACGAUUUUACCCUGCAAACAGAAAGCAUUCCCUCGCUAAAUGAAUCAGAAAAUAUUUUAAAUAAUGAUAAUGAAGCUGCCAACACUAGUAUCUCAGCUACAGUUAUUUCAAAUACAGAAAAGAAUUUAUCCAAAGAGCAAGAUAUUCAAUCAAACGAAGUGCAAAAUUCUAAUGAUAAACAUUGCACAGUUAUGAAUUCUAAUGAUACAAAUGAAAGUAGAGAAAAAUAUCAAAGUGAUAGUCCAGAACGAGUUGAAAAUAAUGAAACUAGUGAUGUAAUAAUUAAUAACAAACAACGAGGUCGUCCUCGUAAAGAUCAAGUUCAACUAAAUAAUGCACAAGGAAAAGAAGAAUUACUUAACACGCGGAAAAGAGGGAAACAAGCAACGAAAAAGUCAAUACAUUCUGUAGAUGAUAUAAAUGAAUUAGAUUGGAGACCAAUGCCACUCGUUAAAGGAAUGGAAAAAGAUUUUUCUCACGAUACAUCUGUAUUGAAACUUCCAGAACAUAUUUCUCUUCUGAAAACAAACGCUGACUCCAAAAAACGUAAGCUUCCAUCAAAAAUACCCAAAUCUGAGUGCCUAGCAAAGCUCGUUUUACGAGAAACAGAAUUACGGGUACAAAAGGAUAUCAUUACCCAAACAAAACCAAAGUUUAAACGUCUACAAAAACAGGAAUUAGAAGAUUUUAUGAGAAAUUUUGAUCAAUGCUUUAAUGGUACAGAAAAAGAAAAUAAUAACACUCAACGUACUGCCGUGACAAAUUUUACCCUCAGUUGUAAUUCUCAAAAUGAGAAUGAUUUUAUAGAGAAUAAUGAUGAAGAAAUAAUGAGCAGAAGUUCUUCACCUAGCAAUACAAAAUCACAAUUAGCGACUCAUCAAGAACCGCUUAAAAUGAUGGAAAAAUCCCCCGAUUUACAUGACAGCUGGUGUGAAUCCUUAGGUUCUGAAAUUAAUUUAUCCUAUUCCUUGCCAGAUUAUCAAAAUUUAAUUGAGGAUAAAAUGAAAGAGAUUUGUGAAGAAACAGAUAUUUCAUCAGAGUUAGAUCAAAAUGUAGCAAAAUGGCAUGCUUCUCUGCAACCAAAAUUAUUGGAAGCUGAAAUCAGACCUACGUUUCGAAUUCAUGACUAUGCUUCUCGUAUAAUAAGCACAUUGCAAACAGUAGAACAGAAUAAGAUUAAUUUUGAUAACAUCGUUGAAGAUAAACCCACUUACGAAGUAGCCAGAUAUUUUUUAGCUUCGUUGCAAUUGGCCAAUUCCUAUAAUGUAGAAAUAAAAAGGGAGAGUAAUGGUAAAAGUAUUGAGAUUGAAUUAUUGAAUGAUAAAGAACGCUAUAUAUUGGUCUCUUCAGAAACACAGUUCUUCUUUGGAACCAUAAUUAUGGAAAAGAAAAAUAUGAAAUCAACACCCUGGAUAUUGCUACCUUGGAGUAUUUUUCUUCUUAUAAUAAUUCAAUUUCUAAUUCAACUGUUGAUAAAUAUCUAUCUUUAUACUUACGUGGCUCGUGUGGAAUCAGAUGUUUUUAAUAUGCGAAAUCAAGAUCUUCUGGAAAUUCAGAAACUGGAACGCAGAAAACGAAGUAGUGCAUUGCCUGUAACAGAAGAUAACAAAGUUUCAGACACAUCCAGAAUUUGGCAAGAAAAGGAUACACUGAAAGAAUCUAAAAAAGUAACUUCAUCUCCUACAGUAAAGUCAGGUUUGACAUCUUCUCCAAUCACUCCUAUGGGACACGAUUGGGUAUGGUUGAAUGCAGAUACUCGUGUACAGGUUGAUGCGAUCGAAAAUUUUUGCCGCUCUUCGAUGAAGUAUUGUCCUCCAGGUUUACCAGGAGCUCCGGGAAGUCCAGGAGCUCCUGGAGAACCAGGACUUCCGGGAUUACAGGGAAUGACCGGUCCGAAAGGACCACCCGGUUUAACUGGUCCUCCUGGACCUCGUGGGCCAAAAGGUGAUAUAGGACCGUCCGGUUUCGAUGGAAGAGACGGUGUACCGGGUGAACCUGGUCUCGACGGAAUACCCGGACGUAGUGGUUUAGAUGGAUCACCUGGAAUAAAUGGUAAACCAGGGAUAAAUGGAUCUCCUGGUCGGCCUGGACGAAAUGGCACAGACGGAAGGCCUGGUCAAAUGGGACCACAAGGACCACCUGGACCGCGCGGAGAAGUGGGUCCUCCUGGUAGACCAGGCUUACCAGGACAAGAUGGCAGACCAGGGAUAACAGCCUGGAAGGUGAACAUGAAUGAUUACAAUGUAAACGAUUUACUAAUUCCACCUUCCAUUUUAGAUGACCGUAUGUUACCUACGACAGUAAAUUCUACCGAAUUAAUAUCCGUUUAUGAGGGAACCAACUUAAGAUUGAGAUGCGCAGCGAGUGGAAAACCUCAGCCAGUUGUUCAAUGGUUCAGAAGCGACGGAUCCGUUAUUCCUAUAGGAUCUUGGCAUGUGACUUCUAUAAUUGGACAUACGUUUAACAUCAGCGUAGUGAAUAGAGAACACAUGGGAGAAUAUACUUGCGUUGCUGACAACGGAGUUCCUCCUCGAGCACUGAAAAAAUUCAGACUCCAAGUUAAAUUCCCACCCUUCAUUCGAAUACGCAAUCAGAUGGUUCGCGUACGUAGCCAAAGCACUGGAGUUUUAGAAUGUGAAGUUGAGGCAUUUCCGGAACCAACUAUUUCUUGGGAACGUGAAGACGGUGGACGUUUAAAAAUGUCUGAUAAAUACAGAAUGGAAGUUUAUGAUAAAAGAGAUACAUAUAAGCUUAAAAUGCGUUUGAAAAUUACAAAAAUAACGUUGGCGGACCAUGGUACCUAUUAUUGUGUUGUUAAAAACGAUAUAGAUAUUACUAAAGGUUCAUUUAUAGUCGAUGACAACAUAAAAAGUAUGGAAAAAUUUAAGAUAGGAAAACAGCAACACGUAACGUACGGAAAGCCUGCACCGCAAAGUAUUGAUUUAGAAGAACUUUGUGCACCGCAUGAAACUUGUACAGCUUGUCCCGUUUUAAGAUGUACCUUUACAGACGUUGCUGAAUAUUUAAAUAUUCAGCCACUGAAAAAUGUCACCUUCACUGGCCUUCCACCGCGAUUAGCAGAUGGUGUAAUUGAAGCAGUAGGAAAACCUGUAUUAAAAGGCACGAUGGAUGAUCAUUAUGGAAGUUGGAUGCAUGAUAUGGCUAAGUCUGAUGGAUUUCCCGACAAACUCUGGGUUACUCGAAAGAAUGAAAGUUCCUUUAUUUUUGAAUAUAAAUCAAAAGAUCAUUUUAAAAAUGCCAGUUCAUAUCCUAUUGCAUUGCCCUAUCCAUUUCAGGGAAAUGGUCAUGUAGUGUAUAAUAGAUCCUUCUUUUACAAUCCCAUUAAUCGUUCUUCAAUUUAUCGCUUUAAUCUUCAUUCCAUGUCCGAUCAUAUAUGCGAUAAGGAAUAUUCACGAUGCGAGUUGCAUCUUCCUGGAUUAUUGGUGAAUACAAGAAACUAUCUGUACACGCCAAAUCAUAAUUUUAAUUACAUUGAUUUCAAUGUUGACGAGAAUGGAUUAUGGGUAAUAUAUGGUUUACCAUCAAACAAUACAGUAGUUGUAAAACUGGACGCAAAUAACAUGAAUAUACAACAUGCAUGGAAUAUUAGUAUUGAUAAUCAUAAAUUUGGAGAAAUGUUUAUUGCUGGAGGAGUACUUUAUGCUGUUCAUAGUGUAACUGAAGAAACGAUGAAAAUAGGAUUGUCAUUCGAUCUUUAUAAGAAUAUUACAAUUCCUGUUCAUUUAUCAUUUACAAACCCUUACCAUAAAACUACAGCAGUCAGCUAUAACCACAAGACCAAAGAACUUUAUACUUGGAAUAAAGGAAAUCAACUAGCCUACCCUAUCAAAUAUCAAGGUUUUACAAAUGUUACAGCAAAAGAAGAAUUCCGGGGUAUAGAAAGUGGAAUAUGAAAUUUUAUCUUUCCUUUAAUGUAUCGACAGAAAAAGAAAGAAAAAUAAGGAAAAAUUGCUUUAUAUUUUAAA